AUGAUCCUGAUUCUGCAACAAGCAGUGUUCACUCAUCUUCUCCCAACCACCUGGGUGACGGGGCGCCAGUGUAAGCACCUCCUCCCAGCCACCUCCUCCAGUGGGACAUUUCCCAAUGUUCCCAAUGUUCCCAAGCCAGCUGGGAGACAUGAUUUCUACAGUGUUACCAGGAGGUAUCAGCCUCAGCUGGCUCCUUUAGGAGGCGCAGCAGCUCCUCGGCCUGUCACCGACGCUGAGCACAGGGGCUCGUCACAGGAAAUUUCAGUCCAACCUGCAGCUGAGAACCAUCAUCAUCAUCAUCGUCAGGUAAUUCCGGCUCAGCCUCAGUGUGAGCUGCAGGUCGGCGUGCCACUCAAAGGUGUUCCUCGCCCCACGGUGUUGUGGCACAGGAAGGACGGGCUGCUGGACGCCGGCGCCGUCUCCCUGCCGUCUGGCUCGCUGUGGAUCCGAAAUGUUUCCGUGCACAACCAGGGCACCUACUCCUGCACCGCCACCAACGCCAUAGGAAAGUCGACCGCCUCCACGGUCCUGAAGGUCCACGAUCCUUAUCCAGCCGGAGGGAGCCGGGUGCUUCCGGCGUCUCAGGAGCUGAGCAGGAGGAGAGUCCUCAUGGCGUCACGGCGCGGCACGAGCGCUUUCAUCAAACCUGGAGACGUCCUGCGCAUAGGCUGUCCGGUGGUUUCCGACCACAAACUUCUUGUGCGCUGGGAGUACAACAACCGGACCCUGAAGGAGGUUUCGGCUCCGGCUCACUCCCCAGAUCCCGGUCCGGGUCUGCAGCACAGGAUGCUGGUGGGAGGUCGUGUGCUGGAAGUCAGCACGCUCCAGGGGAAGUUCGCGGGCCGCUACAGAUGCCAGACCUUCAUCAACAGCACCAGACAAAUCCUGUCGGCCUGGAUAUACGUUCACAGCGAAGAGUUUGGCUGGAGAUUCGGCGACUGGACCACCUGCAGCACUUCCUGCGGGAGCAGAGGGACGUGGCUGCGGCGGAUCCGAUGCGUCUCUCUGGACGGAAAGGACGUUCACCCCGACAUGUGUCAGCGCAUACCCAAACCCGUCACGUCCCCGGUCCCCUGCAACAGACAGGCCUGCCCCCCCAGAUGGUCGGUGUCGGAGUGGUCAAAGUGCUCGGCCUCAUGCGGCGCCGGCCAGAAGUGGCGGUGGGUCACGUGUCAGCAGCUCGACGCCGGAGGUGCAGCGAGAACGCUGCCGGCGGCCGCCUGCAAGGGGACGAGUCGGCCGGUGGACACGGAGCCGUGCUCCGCCAAUAACUGCCCCGUGUGGGUGACCAGUCCGUGGGGGAAGUGCUCGGGGAGGUGUUUGGGCCCCACCACCACCGUGCAGAAGAGAUCGGUCGUCUGCCAGCACGCCAACGGCUCCUCCUACACAGACUGUGACCUCCGGAGCAGACCGGUGUCCGUGCGCAACUGUUCCUCUGACCUCUGCAAUGUUCAGUGGCGUCCCGGUGCGUGGCGAGCGUGCACCGUGGUCUGUGGGAGUGGCUUCCAGUCCCGCAGGGUGGACUGCGUUCACAGCAAGACCGGCAGGACUCUGGCCGACCAGCACUGCGCCUGGCUCCAGCGACCCUCCACCUGGCAGCACUGCAACACCGCCACCUGCGGGAGUGAAUGUGAGGACACCACCCAGUACUGCAGUGUGGUGAGGAGGCUGAGGCUGUGCCAUGUGGACACGUACAAACAGAGAUGCUGCAGCUCAUGCCUGCGUGGCGUUGACUCCACCUAGUGGCGGUGGAAGGUUAUAACCGCACGCGCACACACACGCACACACACGCACACACAGAUGGGCGGGAGCCUGAGCAAAGACUGAGACGGACAGCCCGUGAGUGGACGCCGACCCCAACGAGCUUCAGCGUGAGUCUUUCACAAACUGAAAGGAAACCUGACGACAGGACGAGCGGGCUUCACUUUCUGAUCUGGACUAAACUGUAACAUGAAGACAAGUGUUCACUAUGUGGAUCAAAUAAAGUUUCUGAUUUUCCUACACAGAUAGCUAGUUUCAGUGAGAUUUAAACAAGCGUCUUUUCUUGUCAACGAGACGUCGCUGCCAGCAGCACGUGACGCUUUUCUGUCUCUGAUCUCUUUAUUUAUUUGUGCAAUUCUUCAAAAAUGUUUUUAUAAAACGACACAGUUAAAAACAGAAGUUCCAGUUUGUUACAGCUCGGGUCGUUUCUGCUCCCCGACGUCGUUUCUGUGAACGUUAAUGAAGCCGGACGAGCGAGAGACGAGGGUCAAAACUGACUCGGCUGCUAAGAAACUGGAGCCGUCCUUUAAUCGGGUCCUGCCGUUACACCGGUGUCGCCGUGCUUCAGCUGCUCAUUCCUUCACUGUGGAUCCAGAGUUUCCCAGGCGUUUCCAUCCGGAUGAGUUCAACUGACACUGAAUUCUUGUUUUCUUUGAACAUGAAAUAAUUUUAAAGCGUUGCCUUUAAAAUCCUGCACUUGUUUCUGGGAUGAGCUUCAGCGCUGGGUUUGAUUUCUGUACUGAUCUAAGCUGUGGUUCAGUCUUUACUUAUUACAACAUUAUUUUUAAAGAAGUCGAUUCAGUCCAACAGAAAUGUCUCCGUAAGUGAGCCGAGAUGUAGGAAAAUAAAGUUAAAUAAGACAAAUUAUGAAGCCUUACUGAAAGUAUCGUCUUUAUGAUUUACCAGUAAAAUAUAACAAAAUUAAAAAGUAAUGAAAAAAGCUGCUUGAAAUAAAAUAAAUAUUCA